AUGUACGGCAUAGCACAAGACACAUACGAACUCCCGCAAGAGGCCCUCAGGGUUGAGUCCACGUCUUUCUGGGAGGAGCGCAGCCCGCUCGAGGCGCAGGCCAUGCUGGCCUUCGCCACCUCGGUGAUGGCCGAGAGCGCGGACAAGCGGGUGCUGGUCGAGAUCAUGACGCCGGCCGUGGUGCACGUCGCCGAGAUUCAGCGCAUGUACCCGGCCUACUACGCCAUCCCUGUGAUCGUGGGCGCUUCGAGCAACUUCAUCAUGCCGGCGUCGAUGCCACUCGCUCUCCUGCACGAGAUGGCGCGGGUGCAGUUCUGGAAGCUGUUCCUGUUGGGCCUGUUCGCCAAGGUUAUCGUCAUGGCCAUGGUCAUCGCGACGGUCAACGCAGCCGACAGAGCUGGCCUCUUCGGCACUCAGACCUCUCCGGAAUGAAGAACCGGGGGGAUUGAUUGGGACGUGGCGCUGCAGACCUUGCUAUUGAUCUGUAUUGAUCUGUACUUAAGUAACCUGCUUCACAUUGUCGGAUUUUCAGCGGUGACUUUACCGAGACCUUUCUCGAUGACCUUGUUGCUCCAAGGGAACUCUACGUUAUG